GCCAGGGAGUGACUGAGCCGUAGUCAUACAGACACAAUAGAGCUGCAGUCACCAUGUAUAUAGCAAGUGUUUGUAUUUGAAACUAUUAGAGCAAUAUGUAGUAUCUCUCAAAUUCUGUGAGUGCAAUUUCGAAGCGUUGUUCUGGGGCUAUUAUCAGUGAGCUCUGAUGCCUUUGCACUAACAAGCUAUCUUCGUUAGACAGUAGGAGAGUGGCCGUGCACCGUUAGCUAGCUUUAGCCAGUUUGAUAACAUCAUAGCUGCCUUGCCAGUUUUUACUAUGGAGUUUCCUUUUGACAUAAACCAAUUAUUCUCCGAGAGGAUCUCUGUCUUGGACCAGACCUUGGUUGCAGGCCGCAAAUCUGCAGGAAGGCCAGAUCUUCAAGCUCACAUAGCCACAGUUAUUGAUGAACUUGGGAGGGCCUCAGCAAAGGCCCAACAGCUCACAGCACCUAUAACAAGUGCUUCCAAGCUGCAGACCCAGAAGCAUCAGCUCUAUCUUCUUAAGGAUGGAGAGAGCAGCGGGGGACGUGGUGUGGUUGUGGGAUUUCUGAAGGUUGGCUACAAGAAGUUAUUUUUGCUGGACCGGCAGGGUGUGCACGUAGAGGCAGAACCACUCUGUGUUUUGGAUUUUUACAUAGCAGAGAACCUGCAGCGAAAUGGCUAUGGGCUUGAGCUAUUUAACUUCAUGCUACAGCACAAGAAUUUAGAGCCAGUGCUGAUGGCUUAUGACAGGCCUUCACCUAAAUUCCUGUCUUUCCUGGCAAAGCAUUACUGCCUCACGCAGAGUGUUCCUCAGGUCAAUAACUUUGUGGUUUUUGAAGGCUUCUUCCUCAACAGAGCAGCGGCCCAGUUGAGAAAGGUUCCCCCAAAAAAGCCAGACGGAGAGAUCAAGCCUUACUCUUUAAUGGAGAGAGAAGCUGUUCGCCAGGAGCAGAAGAGUCUUCCUUGGCCGUUUGCUCCUCCCCACUCCCCCCAGCGCUCGGUAGCCUCCCAGUGGUCCAAAUCCCUCAGCGUGGGAUGCUCCCCCAGCAGGGCACCCCCUCGAGUCACUCCAACUUCUUCCCCUGGUUGCAACAGGAACCAGAGCCCACAGUCACCUCUCAGCGAUCGCUGCAGAGCAAGACGCACCAGUAGUCAACAGGGUCUAGUUGCGAGAUGCAACUUGUACAGUCGACACAUGGACACCAGAGCUGUUGGACUGCUGCACAGAUGCUCUCCAGCACCAUGUGCCACCUCAGGUCUGAGAGCAGUAGGGGAUCAGUCAUACACAUUGGGAUACAGUAUUCACUCACAACAAAACAGGAACUGGCCUGUCUUGCUUCCACCUCUCUCUACAUCCAAGAAGGACUGCAUAAGCAGCACUACCUCUUUAGACAGGAGAGCAACACACCUGGGCGCAGAUCCUGAAUCCCGUCGUUCUGAAGAGGAGAUGAAGGUUCUGGACAGUUCACAGCUUCCAGCAGGCAACCAGAGACCUCUGUUGUGGGAGAGUGACAGAGUUGAAGACCGGUCAUGGGCUGUGGGGGUGCACUGCUACACUGCCCAGUGGGUGAAGCAGAAGCAGGAAUACAGGAGCACCCGGCCCUGGUGAAUGUGUGACGAUUACAGACUUUAAACAUUAUCAAAAUGUUGAUGCCUAAAAUGCUUUCAGACAUGUUUGAGCCGACUUUUGAGUGUUUGAGAGCCCACGAUGCAACAAUUUCUUUGUGAAGUUUAAGUGCCAAAGUUCAGUUCAGAAAAAAUACACUUCCAGUCUUUCUGGUUUUAGAAAGGCUAUUAUAAUGGCUGCCUUAGUUGGUUUCCCAAACGAGUUCUUCAGCUGUCAACUAGCUCAUCUUUUCUAGUCAACUGCAACUGGAUAAGAUGAACUAAAUGUGGAGCAGUUUUCCGUUGAAGUCAGACUGGCUGCAUCCUUGCUAAUUGAAUAAUUGGCCCAUUAAGUCAGUGGUGUUACUGGCAAGACAGGUCCAGCUAACUCAGGUAGGUUUUUCAUUUUAGUAGCCUUCGCACUGAGCGUUGUUAGGUUCACUUAUUUUGUUGUAUAAAUUGGAGGGAAACAAAGGUUACUAACGUGAUCUUGGUUCAUACUGACUUUUGUAUUUAAUUAAUUAACAAAAUGAAUCCAAUGGAAUUUAUUUGAAUAUGUCAUCGUCCAUUUUCUUGUAUUACUUGGACAGAUUGGAUAGGAUAAUAGCAUGAUCCACUUUCAGUUGAUCACAUUUGGGUUGUUGCAUUUUUUAGCAAAUAUUUAAAGAGUGAUACAGUAGGCUACUCUUAAUUUUCCAUUUCUGUUUUGCACAUGUGUAACAGCUACAUGCAGCCACAGACUGUAACAUAACGACAUGAUGUACACACAGGUUACUUGCUUCAAUGUACCCUGGCAUUGAUUUUCCAAGUCUCUGGAAAGAUGGAUCUGUAUCAGUCUUCCAAAAGAUUUGAUGGUUAUGGAGUUGAGUGUGUAACACAUCAAUCCAAAUUCUCCCCUGUUUGACUGGGUUCAGAUGUGGUGACAGGGUAGAUAGUACAUCAGACCAUGUGUACUUAUGAGAUUCCCUCAGGGUAAUGUGUGUCAGGCAGUAUUUAAAAUGAUAACUCAUAACCCAUGUUGGUGUUUUUCAGAUCUUGCAAGUAAGAAAAUAAAUCCUUAAACAUGCAAACACAGUCUGUAGACUGCGCUGGGUGCUAAUGGUACAGGUCAUCCACAAGUGCAAAGCACAGAAAUAGACAAUUAGUCAUUUUUAAUAUUUGUUCAAAAAUCAAACAAUUAAAAAAGAACAGAAACUGUGUAUUUGUGGAGAAGUCAAGCAAAACAUUUUGAUUUAUUUUGGACUUAAAGAAGUCUCCCAUGGACAGAGCUUCCUGCAACUUUCCACUAACCGGAGUUUCAUUAAAUAAUGGAAAUGUUUGUGAGACAAAACAUAUAUUUUUAGGUUUUUCAGACAGAAUUGAAAACAAAUUGGGUAGAAAGUUUACACAUUUUUGCUGUAAUGUAAACUUUAGUUAGAAUGGUCCAUAAAGCCAAACGAUAGAUCCUUAUUUUGUCAUUUUUACACUUCCAUGAACUUUAGUAUUCCAACAGUCAGAAUGGGCUUAAACCCUAAUGCCAAAACCUGUUACCUGGGUUUAACUGAACUUAUAACUUCUCUGUUUGGUUGUUUUUUGUUGUCUUGUUUUGUUUUAGUUGAGUCAGUCUGCUUUGGAGUUCAUACUUAAAAGAAGCAGAAUCUGGGAUUUAUAUGUGUCACUUAGUCUUUUCUGAAUAAAUUAAGCCAAAUGAGAAAAAGCUAGAAUUCAUAUC